AUUAUCAUCGAGAGAAUGAUAUAACCUCCAUCCUCCUCUCUCCCUCUCUCUCUAAGCUACUAACCAAGCCAACGCCGUUGCCGUAGCUGCCUACCGGGACACUAGCCGGCCGCUUCCUCUUCCGCUCCUUUCAGCUUCGUCUGGAUCGCACGGAAACCCUCCCGAGCCUCGGCCUUCCUGAGAUCCGCAUGGAUGCUGCUCGGUGGCACCAGGUAAAUCUAACUUAUGGUUCGGCUGGCUUCUCUCUCGUUUGGCCUUUCGGUUCCUCGAUCUCGCGUGGGGUGCUUUGUUUGGGUUCGCGGUUGAACGAAAUUGACGUGGAUUUGGGAACUCUUUCAGAGAUCUCUUCUGUUCCAUCGUGUUCCUUUGUCUCUAAGCUUUCGUUCCUGUCAUGCCUCCUCCUCUAAUCCUUGAAAAGACGCAUAUGCCUUUCUUUCUCAACCUUUUCCUCCUCCGUUUCUCUCUCUUUCUUUUUGGUUGCGCAGCAAAAAGCCAAGGCAUGAACAGCGUUGCUUUGCUUUCUUCUUGUGGGUGUAUCAAGUGCGGUGCGUCUAAUUUACUCUGCUGUUUUCCGUCUCCUUUUUUUUGUGUCCCUUGAGUCAUAUUUUUCCUCGUCAGCUUCUCUAUAUAUCUGCGGUUCAACAUGUACAAGUUGUUCGCUAAUAUGCUCUGCUCUGCAUCUGAUCUUUCGCCCCUAUGGCGAUCCGGUGUUGUUGGUCUUCAGGAGAUAGGGCUGGCGGUGGAGCCCUCCUCCGCCUUUACCGCCACCACCACCACCGCUAAUAGUACUUGCACUACAGCCAGGCCGCAGGUGACGGAGAGAAGGGCCAGGCAGCAGAAGGAGCAGGCCCUCAGCUGCCCCAGGAGGUACUGGACCGAGGGCGGGUCCCUCAGAAAUGUCCCCGUCGGUGGUGGCUCGAGAAAGAACAAGAGAUCCACCACUGCGGCAUCGGCAAUGGCGUCACAUUCUGAGAAGCUACCGACUGACCUCAUCCCCCCUCCCAUCUCCCUCGCUGCCACUCAGAGGUUCCACCAGGGACAAGACCUCAACCUGGCCUUCCCCGACCCUGAACCCAUCGGCUUCUCCAACCCAAGUGAUGCUGUUGGUGCUCUCUCUGCGUUGGAGUUACUGAGAACUGGGAUGACUGCCAGAGAUUUCAAGCCUUACCUGCCAUUAAUGCAACUGCCGGAAUACUCGACUGCGUUUGAAUUGCAAGAAGUCGGGCCUCCUGCACUCAACUUCCCGAUGAUGGGUUUUCCUUUUGAAGACGUGAAACCAGGAGCCCAUACUACAAGCACAGCUGAUGAGUUCGAGAAGAGCAGGGAACAAGGUGGGGAUCCUCCUGGUUUUUGGAACAGUAUGAUAGGCGGAGAAGGCUCAUGGUAGGAGAGAGAGAUAGAGAGAGAGAGAGAGAGGCAGCAGCGCUCCAAGAUCUAAGAGAAACAGGGCAGAAUGAAUCAUCCAUUUUCUUGAUGCUGACACCAACGCAUUACCGAAACAUUUCAUAUCAUGCGCGUUCUCUGUUGUUCAUAUGUCGUAGUAAAAGCUUGAUCUGUACUUGUCCGGCGUAAUCCACGCACGACGCAUGGUUGGAGGGGGAUGGCUAAUUGGGUCCGGAAUGGUGGACCUGCAGCAUUGAAUGCUUUGCCGAAGGUCAGACGCUUCACUGCUCUUAAGCAGAUCGGUGUACGACGACGAGGAUCACAACACGUGAACUUGUCGGCCUUGUAUUUAUCUGCACUUUUCUUGGUA